AUAAGCGAUUUAAAAACGAUAGGAUAGCUUUAAGCGCACUGCACUGGCUGUGCCAUAGAGAAAACGAUAAUAAAUUAUCUUAUUUAUAUCAUAUCGUGCCUUUUACGCCCCAUCCGGCUGCGGACUGCUGUGGUAGUGUAUGACACACUAUGAUUGGUUUGGCUUGUUGGUCUAUUACUUGUACAAACGAGUUGAAGGUCCAUCUCCGGGAACUAUCGACCCGGUCUUUAGGCUUGCAUUUCAGUUAUCCGGGUCUACUGGAGCUGUCUACGACCAGUUGGGUGACUGUGCCGCUCACAAGAUUGUAAACUACAGCAGGUUCUCGUAACCGUUUGGAUACAAUCGCACUGUUUUUUGAACCACCCAAAUUUUGAGCGUGUUUUCGCGGAUAAUUCAUAAUAUUAUUGUUUUGACGCUUUCGUUUAAAUAGAGACGUAAAAUUUAAUCAUUUUCAACGACUCCGAGUCCCAUGGAUCACGACGUAUACGUAAAAGGCACGGAGACCGCGUCGGAGUGGAUUCCCUGUCACCGCUCCGUUUUAAGCAAGCACAGUCCGUAUUUUGCCGCAAUGUUCGCAUCGCCAAUGAAGGAAUCUCGCGAGAAAUUCGUUCAGCUGCACGGUAUUCCACAUAACGUGUUGAAACAAUUGGUCGGUUACAUGUAUUCGCAUGACAUCGCUAUCGACGGCGAUAACGCCCUCCCGCUGCUGCAAACAUCGGAAAUGCUGGAUAUGCCGCACAUUGUGGAGGCCUGCAAGGAAUUUCUGGCGUCGCAUCUCGACUUGACGAACUGCUGGAGCAUUGCGCACUGGGCGGGAAUGCUGUCUCAUCCCGAUUUGGCAGAGAAAGCCCGAGUGUAUCCCUACGAGAAUUUUCUCGAUUUCUACCGGACUCAGACCUUUUUCGAGUUGGACAAAAACAAGGUGAUGGAAUUAAUCAGCUCGGACGAUCUGCAAGUGGACAGCGAAGACCGCGUUGGAGAGGCGCUUUUUCGUUGGUUGGACGUCACGGUCGCCGAACGAAUGUCCGCCGCCAAGGACAUGUUGUGCCUGGUGCGCGUUGCUUAUCUCACCGCCGGCUUUCUCAAAUUCUUGCAAGGAAUUUCCUCGGGAGUGUCCUUCUGUCAGGCCAUCUAUCAGUUGCUAGCUGAACGGCGCCAUUACAAGCCGCGCAACUCCUAUCAGCCGACCGUGGUUUACAUUACCGCGCCUAAUCCAGAUCAUCCGAACCCAGUUACAAAAAGUGUGCGUCGGACUGGCUGCAGCGACCCGGCAAGGCACUGCCGGGGCCGGUGCUAUCCGCAGUGGAGACAGCCCUGCCGGCCGCCGUCAGAGUUAAAAGGCUUUAUGCCGUCCGUUGUCGUGACGCCCGACAAUCGUGUCGCUGUGCGCGUCUGCCAUCGCCUCUACGUGGGCUCGCAUCGCAUCUACGUGUACGAGCCCGUCAGGCGCACGUGGGUUGCAUCUUCGGAUCCAAAACCCCGUGAUGGCUUAUCGGCUGCCCUUUUCUGCUCUGACUGUAACUCAUUUGUUUUAUCGCUUCUCAACGGAAAUUACUGUGUAAUUGCCAACAAUCGGCAAAUUGAUUGCUACGACGCACAGACCGCUUGUUGGCUACAAAUACGGAAUGACUUCUUGGAGAAGAAGAAAAUCUAUUUCUGGAGCAUGGCCCAUGUCGUGUGGCAAGAUUGCCUGUACGUGUUCGGUGGGUGUAAAAGAAAGCGUGGGAUCGACUGGAUGCCAGUGAACUGGGCAUUUCGCUACGAUCCCUCCAGCAACAAGUGGAGCCGGUUGGCCCCGAUGCCGACGGCGCGCUAUACGGCUUCGGCCUGCGUCGGCGCGAACGGGCUAAUUUACGUCAUUGGCGGAUGCGAAAGUCACUAUGAGAGGAACGCGGAGAUGGAUGAUUAUGAAGAAGUCUUCCACCGCCUGGCUUGUGUGGAGACUUACAAUGUGGCACGGAAUUGUUGGCUGAAACGAAGUCCUAUGCUGCACAAGCGGUCCUUUCCACGCUUAGCUGUUGUGGAUGGAAAAGUGUACGCUGCCGGGGGAAUUAUAACCAAGUUCAGAACUAAUAUUGGUGACUGGACUGAAGUGGUGGAGUGCUACGACGAACGGACGGAUAGGUGGAGCAAGGUGCAUAACACAUUGCCCAUCAGACAAUACUACGCCGUUGCCGUUGUGCCGCAGUAUUUGCUCCAGCGAUGGGACGACAACGGAGACGAAAAGGGCAACGAGCACGCCUUCAUCAAAAUCAGGAACGCGAAUUGGGUGUAGCCGACGGCCUCCGAUUUUCUGCCUGGCUGUACUAAAACUUCGUCAUUUCUUAACACUGUUUGUUUGUUACUAGCAGCAAUACGGACGGCGGCCCAUAGACUCGUAUGUUAAAAUUUCCCGUAGACUUUGUAUAGGACUGUUUGCCAUAGACUGUAUGUUAUAACGAUCCCGUAGACUUUGAAUAGGACUGUUUGCCAUAGACUUGUGUGCAGGACUGCCUGCCAUAGAAAUCUAUGGUUAAGGCGAAAGGGCACCACUGCUGGGCGGGUGGCAGUUAGCGCUGACUUCCAGCAAAAAUACUGAAAUUUAAAAUCCAAAUUUUUAAAGUAUGCGGUGAGUUCGCCACUUGUGAUUUUGUGUUGGUUCUCGGUUCUUGAUUAGUGUGACAGUUUUGUUUGCUGAUUUCUGUUCUUUGCCAGACUGUUUCUGACCUCAUGAUAUCAGCUGCAAUAGUUUUUGUGGAAACUGAUUGCGUGUUUCCAUUGGUUGUGCUGCUGGAAGCCUUCUCCCAUUUGGAUACUCAGACGCAGACGGGAUUACGCAGUUUCUAGCGUGGAACUUCAUCGUGGAAUCACCUGUGUUGACGGCCUGCAUCGUUGUUUGUUGUUGUGCAGCAAUAUUGGUUGCUUUUAGGCAAAUAUUUCGCGGCCACCACCGAAUUUUAUCUGUGCUGUUGUUUUGCAGCGUCGUUGUGAUCGGUGCAGACGGUUAACUGCGUGGCCUCUCCUUCACACACGUUCCUCAUCCUUCCCGAAUUUCUCCUCGCCUUCCAGAAACCACUCAA